AUGGUCCUCAAGCCCUUCAUAUUUGCGGCCGUGUCGCUGCUCAUCACGUACCUCAUCGCCAAGCUACGCUUCAAACGAUUUAAGCAGUAUGCACAUCUUCCACAAUUGCCACCCUCCUUGAUAUGGGGGCAUAUGCUCGUGGAUAGACAUCCAGAUCUCAUCUUUGCCGAGAUGUACGAGAAACUUGGAAGGCCACCGUUGAUCUUUGUUGACAUGCGACCCGUCUCAAAUCCCGUGGCCCUCAUCACAAGCCACGAUGUUGCUGAACAAGUGGCCAAGUCUUCGGCUCUUUUCCCAUGGAGCACACCUAAGACGCCUACCAUGAAGGAUAUUAUCCAUCUGCUUGGUCCGUCAUCUCUAAUCAGCGCAGAGGGCGAGGACUGGAGGAAACUCCGAAAGCGAUUUGCACCUGGCUUUGCGCCGAACCAACUGAUGACCCUCCUUCCUUGCAUAUUGGACAAAACUGAGCCGUUUAUCAACCGCCUUGAGGAUCACGCCCGUUCAGGCGAACAGUUUUCCCUUUUGACCUUGAUAGUCAAUCUCACGAUUGAUGUUAUCAGCGCUGUCGCCAUGGACGAAGACCUUGAAGCUCAGACCAUUGAUCCAUCUGGUCAGAGUCAAGUCAUCCGCCUCUUCAUGGAACUGUUGAGUACCUACUCAAGCAGACAUAAUCUGCCCUGGUGGCUAGCCCCCAGCUUGGGAGCAAAGCGCCGCCGGCUCGCUGGACAAGUCGAUGGGAUGCUACGAGAUAUUGUGCAGCGCAAGUUUGAGGAGCAUCAAAAGACUAGCGGAGGAAACAAGCCACGCAACAUCCUUUCGCUAAGUUUUCAGGACAUCGAUGAGCUCACGCCUGAACUUCUCAGCCAUACUUCGGAUCAGAUGAAGAGUUUCUUCUUCGCCGGCCACGAUACAGCCAGCAUCCUCCUCUCUUGGACUUUUUAUGAGCUCUCUCGGAGCCCCCGAGUUCAAAAAGCGGUUCGGGCUGAACUGGACGAACUGUUCGGACCUGAUCCUGACCCGUCUGUUGUGCGAUCCAAUCUCUACGCCAAUGGGGAGGAUCUUGUUCGCCGCAUGACAUAUGUGUCAGCCGUGAUUAAAGAGGUUCUCCGAAUACACCCUCCGGCAGGAACUGGUCGCUAUGCAGAACCUGGGUCUGGAUUCACAGUCCGUACAUCAACAGGAGAGGAACUCUGCUUGGACGGCACCAUCAUAUACAACUGCCAGCACAUUAUCCACCGUGACCCGACCGUCUACGGCACCUCGGCCAAUGAUUUCGUGCCAGAACGAUGGCUUGGUGAGACCAGCGCGUGGGGUUUUAUACCCAGUGCUUGGAGACCGUUUGAACGAGGCCCACGCAACUGCAUCGGCCAAGAGCUUGCGAAUAUUGAGGCCCGUGUCAUCAUUGCCAUUGUUGCGCGUCAUUUUGACUUUGUCAAAGUUGGUCUAGGCGAACUUGAGCUGGAUGAAAAUGGCCGGCCUAUCCUAAACGACAAAGAUCAGUACAAGGUCAAGUCAGAGUUGUACCCUCUAACUCCGUUUAGAUGUUGCAAGUAA